AUGUCUAUCUCAACCAAGAACGAAAUUAUACUGGCUGAGCACGAUGAAGGAUUUCAUCAAGCCAGGCAGGCGGCUGAGGAGGAGCAUGAUCUUACACCUUGGCAAGCACUCCGCCUUCACCCCAAAUCGGUGAUGUGGUCCGUCUUGUUAUCGACCUGUAUCAUCAUGGAAGGCUACGACCUCGUCCUCAUCUACUCUUUCUUCGCCCAGCCAGCCUUCGCUCGCCGGUACGGUCAGUGCGAUUCUAGUGGAGCCUGUCAGAUUACAGCCUCCUGGCAAGCUGGACUUGGCAACGCCGUUGGGUGUGGCACUAUCGUCGGUGCCUUUGCCAAUGGAUACUUCUGCCACAAAUAUGGCUACCGCCCGGUCCUUCUCACUUCUUUGGUGUUCAUUUGCGCUUUCAUCGCUAUCUCGUUCUCCGCACCCAAUUUGCCGGUUCUACUUGUAGGCCAAUUUCUCUGCGGUAUACCAUGGGGCGUUUUCGCAACUAUGGCACCUGCUUAUGCGAGCGAGGUCUGCCCCAUGGCCUUGCGGGGAUAUCUCGCAGUAUACGUCAAUCUCUGUUGGGCGCUCGGACAACUCAUCUCUGCAGGUGUACAGUCGGCAUUCUCUGGUGGUACCAGCCAAUGGUCAUAUCGCAUUCCGUUUGCCCUCCAGUGGGUAUGGCCCAUUCCGCUUUUCCUGGUACUCUUCUUCGCUCCCGAGUCACCGUGGCACUACGUCCGUAAAGGCGACCUUAGAAUGGCAGAAAAGAUGUUGAAACGUCUCUCUUCACCGUCUCAGCUAGACUCAAUCAAGCAGAAGAUCGCGAUGAUGGUCCAUACAAACGAGCUGGAAGUGUCGCUUAGCCAGGAUACGUCUUACUUCCAAUGCUUCAAGGGCAUAGACCUGCGUCGUACCGAGAUUGCUUGUAUGGCUUUUGCCGCUCAGCCCUUCUGCGGCUCAGCUAUGGGCGGUACCCCAACAUAUUUUUUCGUUCAAGCCGGUCUCCCCAGCAGCAUUUCUUUCAAGAUGUCUGUUGGUGGUUUGGGCAUUGCAUCAAUUGGUACGAUCGUAUCCUGGUUUCUCAUGUCCUACUGCGGCCGUCGAACCAUCUACCUUUGGGGCUUAGGUGGACUUACUGCGAUUCUCAUGACUGUCGGCGCUAUAAGUGCUGGCGACGCCAGAUCAUCACGAGGAAACUAUGCCCAAGCUGGUCUGAUGCUUGGGUGGCUCGCCGUCUACUAUCUCACCGUUGGACCAAUGUGUUACGCCAUCAUCACCGAGGUUUCCUCAACUCGAUUACGUAGCAAGAGUGUUUGCCUCAGCCGCAUAGUCUACUACAUCGCGCAGAUCAUCAGCAAUGUCGUCAACCCUUACAUGCUCAACCCAACAGCUGGAGACUGGAAGGGGAAAACAGGAUUUUUCUGGGGUGGCUUUGCAUUUCUCUUCUUUAUCUGGACCUUUUUCCGCUUACCUGAGACUAAAGGACGCACUUUCGAGGAGAUCGACAUAUUGUUCGCACAAGGUGUCCGAGCUAGGGACUUCAAGAACCAUGAGGUAAAUGCAUACACCGACACAGCCAUUAAGAGGGGCGCUUUGACCUAG